AUGGAUAGCAGUGAUUCAGAUGAAGAAUUUGGACAGGAAGUGCCUCCUCUCUAUCUUUAUUUAAAACGUAUUCUUGAUAAAUAUCCUGAAGGCGGACAGAUAUUAAAGGAGAUAAUUCAAAAUGCUGAUGAUGCUGGUGCAACCGAAGUGAAGUUCCUCUAUGACAAUACAGAGUAUCCAACAGAUGGUCUCUGGUCUGAUAAAUUAAAAGAAUUCCAUGGUCCAGCACUGUAUGCUUACAACAAUGCUGUAUUUAAAGACAAAGAUUGGUUUAGUAUACAAAGACCUGAACAAAGUGGUAAAGCAGAUGAUCCACUUAAAGUUGGUCGGUUUGGUCUCGGCUUCAAUUCUGUUUACCAUAUCACAGAUCUACCGAGUAUCCUCAGUGGUAAAUAUCUUGGAGUAUUCGACCCUCUGGAAACAGUAUUUACUUAUGACCAAUUCAAGAAAAAGCAUUAUCACAAGAAACCUGGUAAGAAAUGGAAAUUGAAAGGAGAGUUGUUAUCAAAAGACCAUACUCCAUACAGCAACCAGUUUGAACCAUAUUUGGGAAUCUUUGGUUGUGAUGAAGCCUCUUUUCAAAAAGGGAAGUUUAAUGGCACAAUAUUUCGGUUUCCUCUGCGUAAAACUGAAUCACAACUGAGUGGAAACAUUAUCUCUAAAGAUCGCAUCAUGGGCCCUGAUGGAUGGAUUACAUCAUUUAGAACUGAUGUUGAUUUGACAUUGCUGUUUUUGAAGAAAAUAGAAUCAAUAUCCGUUUAUGAGCGCAGUGGACAGAAUACAGAAUCAACCCUACUUUACAGUGCCUCAAUAGUGAAUUCAGUUAUUGAUCAUGUACGAAUCCAGAAGUCUAAAUUUCUAGAGCAGUUAAAACAAAAUAAAGAAGCUCAACCUCUCUCUAUAGAUGUUGAAAUCAAGCUUAUGCAGCAGUUCAAGGAAGAAGUGAAACGUUGGGUGGUUGUUCACCAGAUCCCAAAGUCUGGAUUGUCAAAUGAAUUUCGGUGUCUUGCAGAUGACGAUGAGAUUCAGUUGCUUCCCUGGGUUGGGGUUGCUGUGCAGAUAAGCAAGACGAAAAAUGAACAGAGUGAUGGAAGGAUAUUUUGCUUCUUACCACUACCACCAAGCCAGACUACAGGUCUCCCAGUUCACAUACAUGGAUAUUUUGGACUUGGAGAUAACAGACGAAGUAUAAAAUGGCCAGAUAUGGAAUCACAACAAGACAAAACAGCAAGGUGGAACAAACUGUUGACAUCAGAAGCUAUUCCUGAAGUGUAUGUGAAGUUAAUUACAUCAUUAAUAUGCGAGUAUAAACUGGAGCCAAAAUGUGUUUAUGCAGCAUGGCCAGAUCCUUGUAAAUUAACUACAGAAAACUGGAAAUUGCUGCUGGAGAAAUUGCUAAAGCAGCUACUGGAAAAUGAUGUAUUUUACACAGAAGCUUACUAUGGAUCUUGGAUUGGACUUAAGAAAGCUAUAUUUAACAUCCCUCAAAGGAAUAUAUCCUGUACAGUGCAACAAGACAUCGUGAACAUGUUAUUAGAGCAUGAACAACCAAUUGUCACUCUUCCAAUGCAUAUCCUAGAGUGGUUAAAGGCAUCAAAUAUUUUGCUCACUAAAGUCACACCAUCUAGUGUUAGGUGCUUUUUAAAGUCAAUAUGGCAUCAACAUUUUGAACGACGGACCAAACUGAAUAUACUGGAAUAUAUUUUAGCUGAUGCACAAUACAGUGAUCUUAAUGGUCUUCAUCUGCUACCAUUAGCCAAUGGGACAUUUACAUCAUUUAGCUGUGUAGGUGACUCUAGAAAAGUUUUCAUUGCUACUACAAUUUGCCCUCAGUAUUUAUUGCCUAAUAUGAACAACAGAUUCCUGGAUGGAAGUUUGCCACAACUGCUCAAAUCAAAAUUGGAAGAUGCUUCUGAGUAUACACAACUAAGUAUUCUGAAUCCAGAGAUUGUCGUUCAGAACCUGCGAUCUGCUCUACCCUCUAAAUGGACUGAAGGUUCUGAAAGUACAGUAAUGUGGAGUCAGGAUGGUGAUGAUCAAUGUCCUCCACCUGAAUGGUUGUCUCAAUUUUGGAACUGGUUUAGAUGCAAGAUACAGCUUUCUAUAACAGUUCUAGAAGGGUUGCCGUUAAUCCCAUUGAAUAAUUCUAGUUGUACCAUUGAAUUACUUAAACUGGAAUCGGGUCCUAAGGCAAUAUUUAAUAGAACAUCACUGUCAACACUCUCAGAAGAUAUAGUCAACGUUGUUGAGCAUUGUGGUGGUUUUGUAAUAAAAGAACAACUUUAUUAUCCACAAGAUUCUUCAUUCAACAAAUAUAUUGCUUCACCUGAUGCUACUGGUGUUUUGGUAGUCCUGGAGAACAUUGGUAUUGAUGUGGUUGAACAGAAACUAAAGAACAAUCCUAUUUUAGCUAGACCAUUGUGCACAUUUUUGUCCAUACUUAAUAUUCAUAGCUAUGAUGAACACUUCCUGACUCUGAGACAAUUAUCUAUUUUUGGAACAAUACUAUGUGAUACCUGCGUUUCUGUAAGCCGUUGUUCUUUGAUAGCACCCAAUGAAUAUAAAGAUAUCCCUUGUAACAAGAUCAAGAAGCAGAUGAUUGAAAGUGAUGAUGUGAAUACUCUUAACCUAGCAAAGGCUCUUGGGGCAAAUCAAUUGGAAUUUGCUGAAUAUAUAGAAAACCACAUUCUACAUGAGUUUGAUAAUGGUUAUUUUUCUAACCGGGAAGUCUUGAAGAUUAUGGAAUGGGUACUAUGUCGUUCCCAGUAUGAUGAUAUUGUGAAGAAAUAUAGAUGUAUACAGACUCGUGGUGGGCAGUUGUCUAAACCAUGUGAAAUCAUUGAUCCAGACAACUCUCUACUGAGAAUGCUUCUUGGAGAAUCAGGACUGCCGGUUGACACUUACGUUCAACCCAAAUUCAUUAAACUCAUUAGAAGAGUUGGUCUCAUGGAAGAAUCCAAUGUGAGUCCUGAUAUGAUAUACAACAUAGCAAUGAACCUUGACUGUCAGAGACGUAAGUGUACACCAGAUAUGAUGCAGAAAGCACAUUGUUUGCUGGAAUAUGUGAGUAAAUAUCCAGAGAAGCUUAACAAACACACAACUGACAGAUGCAGUGCCAAGCUACUGUUUAAUAGGUUAACAACUUUAGCGUGGCUUCCCUGUGAUGUUAACAGACCAAAAUGUUACCCAGAAUGGCUUCCAUGGUUUGCUGAUGAUGAACAAAACAGCCAAUGCCUCUUUACUCCUACAGAGGUUACAUCUCAUGAGCAUUGUAAACAAGUUGGUGGUGUCAUGCCUAUCAUACCUGUACAGUAUCUGAAUAAUUCCCUAUAUUCCACAUUUCAAUGGCAGACUUUGGAUGGUGAGGCAUCUAUUGACCAUGUGCAGAAAGUAGUAAUGCAGAUGAAGCUCAUAGUUGAUUCAGCAGAGGAAGUCGUGCAAAAUAUGCUAAAACCCCUGGAAGAUAUGAUUUUUGAAAUUUACAGCUUUCUUUCCAAGUCCAACAUUGAGUGGGUGAGACACUGGAUAAAUGUCAAAGGAGGCAAAACACUGAAAUGGAUCUGGCAUGGAAGAGGCUUCACAAGUGCAAAUAAUGUAGCUUUUACUUCAAACUUGCAUAUCAACCUUCAACCUUACCUGUUUACAUUGCCACUGACAUUAGCUGAAGAACAUUCACAGUUGUUCAAGAAAAUGUACAUCCCUAAAGAGUUUAAUCCAGGAGCACUUGCUGAUGUUUUGCAUAGCAUUAAGAAGAAACAUUGUAGGACUGACUCUUCAAAGGAUGUAGAAUCUGACUUGAAGCUGUCAUGCGAAAUAAUACAUCUACUGUGCAAGGAUAGUAACUUGAAUGAUGAUAUUCAGAAAUUGAUUCUUGUACCUGCAAAGAUGCAUGAUAUGUCAAAGUUAAAGUUGGUUGAAGUAAAUGUAUGUCUUUACUGUGAUAGAGAGUUUCUUUCUGAUGACCUGAAGGACAACUCAUAUUAUAUUGUACAUGAUGACAUACCAAAUGCAACAGCUCGUAAAUUAGGAAUGCAGCCUUUGAGUAACCAUGUGGCUCCAACUGAUAAUCUAGGAUAUGACUUGGCUGGUCCUCAUGAAAGUGUCAUAAAUGCCAUAAAGAGGAAUUUAGAAAUGUACAAAGAAGGUGUUGACAUCUUCAAGGAACUCAUUCAAAAUGCUGAUGAUGCAGGAGCUAGUGAAAUUAGGUUUCUCAUAGACCACAGACAAAAUACUGAUGUGCAAUUGAAGCUCCUAGACCCUGGUAUGAAACACUGUCAUGGUCCUGCACUUUGGUCAUACAAUGAUGCCAUGUUCUCAAGUGAAGACAUAAGAAACAUUUGUGAUAUAGCUGCAGCAUCAAAGAAAGACAAACUUGACAAGAUAGGACGUUUCGGUCUUGGAUUUACUUCAGUAUACCAUGUUACAGACGUUCCAAGUGUUGUCAGUGGGUCGCAUAUCAUGAUUUUUGAUCCAAGGAUGACUCAUCUCAAAUCUCGUAUUCACAACCCUUCCCAGCCUGGCAUUAAGUUGAACCUCCAUGAAGAAUCUCAUCGACAGACCCUCAGUGUAUGUGUAGAUCAGUUUCAACCUUAUCAUGAAAUAUUUGGGUGUAAUAUUUCUGAAGAUUUUAAAUUUAAUGGUACCCUUUUUCGACUUCCUCUCAGAAAUCAUUAUCAAGCAAGUGACCAAAUGGAAAACUGUAUCACUGAUAAGGUUUAUCUGGACAAACACAAACUUCAGCAAUUGAUUGUGCAACUUAGAGAUUCAGCACCAUCUCUUCUCGUGUUUACCCAGAGUGUGAAGGAAAUGAGCAUAUGGGAAUUGAAAACUGAAGGGAAAACAGGUGCAGAUGCUGUGAAAAUGUUAACCAUUAAAGUCAACUUAAUACAACAGCUACCGAGACAAAUCACCAGUGUUACUGAAUGUCCACCAACAAACAAGAUUGAACAGCUAAAAAAUCAAUCAAACAUCCUGAAAGCCACUUCAAAAUGGUUGAUCAAUGUAAAUGGUAAACCACCAGAUUCAACUAGUUUAAUAGAAGUUGUAUUUGAGUCUAAGUGUUUAAAAGAUUGGAAGACAAAAAAUGAAAUGUGGCUUGUUAGUGCCUGUGCUAGUAGUGGAGCCGCUUUUGAAGCAGCCCAAACUGAUGAUGGUAGGAAACAGGGAGUUCUUCCUUGUGGUGGAGUAGCAGCUAAGUUAAAAUCAGAGGUAAAUGGACUAAAUCCUUCCCCAGUAGUAGGACAGUUAUACUCAUUUCUUCCUGUAGCUGUUCAGACAGGUUUACCAAUCCACCUCAACGCACCAUUUGCAUUACAGCCGAACAGAAGACACAUAUGGAGCAAAUCCUCUGUUUCAGGGAAAAAUACAGAAUUUGAAGGAGAAUGGAAUUUGUGUCUCAUGAUUGAUGUUCUGAAAAAAGCUUUCAUAAAUCUUUUAAUUGACAUGAUUCAACUUCGAAUGGAAGGAACAGUUGGGAAGCAUGACUUUCAUACUCUGUGGCCAAACCUAGAAUCAACUGAGACUGACUUCCACCCUUUUGUAAAAGCUUUCUAUGAAGGGAUGAGUGGAAAUCAGAACAGUGAGCCACCUCGAAUAAUUUACAAUGAAUCUCAAUGGGUAACACUGAAUGAUUGUUUAUUCCUCGGAACUGAUUUGCAGCAAGAAACAACUAUUGCUGAACAUGCAAUGAUUCUCCUGAAUGAAUAUUGCAAACCAAAGAAAGUUAUUCAACUAAAUAAAGCCGUAGAAUAUUGUAUCAUAAGACAAGUCAACCAGGAAAAUGUGUACAACAUUACACGUUUCUAUAAGGAUGUAUUCUUCAAAUAUACAGAAGAUAUUUCCCUGGAAAUCAGAAAUUCAAUGCUGCUGUAUUUGCUAGAUAUUCGUAUUGGUGCUCAGAAAGAUAUUAGUUUUGAUGUGAAUUUGAAGAAGGCACCAUGUUUUCCGGUCUCUCCUGAUGGCUUCUCCAUUGAUGUUCCCCAGAAUCUUGUGCAUCCAGAAUCUUUAGUAGGCAAACUGUUUGAUGAUUCAGAUGGUAGAUUCCCCCAUGGUGCUGGUUUCCUAUCCAAAGAAAGACUGUUUUCACUCAUUGACCUUGGAAUGGCUACAGAUGAACUAUCAUGGGAAGAUUUGUGUGGGAGAGCAGAAUCUGUGAUGGAUGUCUUUAAAAGCUAUGGGUUUUUUGCUGCUGUUUCUCGCACCAAAAUCAUAUUUAAAGUGAUGAAUAAUUUGCUGAAACAAGGAAAAAUGCCACAUUUAAAUGAUAUUAAACGAUUGACUAGAACGUCCUUUCUGCCAGUAAUGACAAAACCAAAUGAUUAUCCUUGUGAAUGGUUUGGUGAGAAUAAGCUGUCGAAUGGAGAUAACUUGUAUAGGAAAGAAUGUUUGUACUAUCUUGGCUCUGUUGCACAAAUACUUGACGAAUGCUGUAUAGACAGUGCUGACGUAAGUCAAGAAAUAAUGCAAAUCCUAGGUGUUAGGAGCAAGGCCCUAGUUGAUGAUGUUCUCAUACAGUUGCAGCAUGUAUCAAUGUUUCCAAAAGCCAAGAAAACAAUGUUAAUGUGUUCUGAGAUAUACCAGUACUUACAAACAGUGUUAUGUGAAGAGGUGGCAACUGAUGAUGGAGAUACUAUAGUACAGAUUACUACUGGUUAUGAAAGGAAAGUAGAGAAACUUAAAAGCAUGAAGGUUUUCCUAGUUGAUGAAAUGUUUGUUGGCGCUGAUCAGUUAGCAUUUACGUGGAUGGAGAUGACUGCACCUUAUUUGUAUAAGGUCCCUAACGAUCUUGUGAAGUAUAAAAAGCUUCUGCAAGUUUGUGGUGUUAGAAAAUCAUUCUCCAUUGGUGAUUAUCUAGAUGUACUGAUGAAGCUAAAAGAGAAAAAUGGUGCAGAACCUCUUGAUGAACAUGAACUACGAAUUACUUUACUAAUAUUAAAAAGAAUUGACUUUUCGGAUAACAUUGUGUAUGCUCCUGACACAGAUCGAAUUCUAAGAGAUAUCAAGGAGCUGACCUAUGAUGAUGCGCCAUGGUUAUUUAAUAAAGCUCAGUUUACCUAUGCUCACCACGAAAUCAACUGGAAGCAGGCUGAUAGGCUUGGUAUCAUUGCAGCAAGAAAGAAGAGGGCAAAAGAGUUCACAUUGCCACUUGGAUGUGCUCAGCGAUUUGCAUAUCCUGGUGAGUCAGAAAUCUUUAAAGAACUUCUACAAAAUGCAGAUGAUGCCAAGGCUACUGAACUUCACAUCAUAUAUGACCCACGUUCACAUUCCACUGACAAAAUUGUCAGUGAAUCAUGGAAACCUAUUCAACAGAGUCCUGCAAUAUGUGUAUAUAAUAACCAAAUAUUCAGUGAUGAUGACAUAGCUGGAGUUCAACAAGUUGGAAUUGGUGCUAAAUCAGCAGAUGCACAUACAACAGGCCAGUAUGGAAUCGGUUUUAAUUCAGUAUACCAUCUCACUGACUGCCCUUCAUUUCUCUCUGAUGAUCACCAGCUGGGUGUAUUUGACCCACAUCUUAAAUAUGUGCCAGAUGCCACGCAUGACUAUCCUGGUAUUCUUUACAAACCUGUUAAUAUCUUGAAAGAAAACUUUGGUGACAUGCUCAGUGGUUUCCUUGGUGAAUAUUUCUCUCUUAAAGGAGGUACUAUGUUUCGGUUGCCGCUCAGACAGAAUGCUUAUUCUUCCAAAAUCUCAAGCAAAACCUAUUCUGAUAAAGAUAUCAGGCACAUGUUAAAUAGGUUUGAAAAUGAGGCAUGUGACUGUCUUUUAUUUCUCAACAAUGUGGAAGUCGUAACCCUCUCAGAGAUACUUAAUACUGGCGAAAUGAAACAACUAUAUAAGGCUGAAGCAAAGUUAUUUGGUGAAAACAGACUCAGAAGAGAAGACAUUGCAACUCACAUGUUGAAUCAUAAGAAAAUGUGCGUCACUGAUAUUCCACAAAAGCUGGUGGACUACAAUUUACAGAUAUGUGAUUCCAAGAACAGGACAGAAAAAUGGCUUGUAGUGCAACAGUUUGGCUUCUACAACACUCCUGAUGUUGAGUUCUCAGAUGAAGAGCUUGGUAAGCUACUUCCCCGUGUUGGUGUAGCUGCCUUGGUUGAUGGCCACAAAGGAGAAGAGAAGAAUUACACUCACUCACCUAAAACUGAAAUGAAAAAAAGAUUCAAUGCAUAUUGCUUCCUUCCACUACCAAUAGCAACUGAUUUACCUGUACAUGUUAAUGGUCAUUUUGCUCUUGAUAGAUCUCGUCGGUACAUAUGGAGUGAUGCUGGGACACACCAGACUGUCAGAAGCAUAUGGAAUAAGACACUAGUUGAAUCUGCUCUGGCACAUGCAUAUGCUUCUCUGAUAAUGCUGGCAGGUCAUAAAUAUCUAACUGCAAAUAAACAAGAAAAGUUAGAAUGGUAUCAUAACCUCUUCCCAUCUUAUUCAUCACAAAAUAAGACUGAAGCUGGUGUAGCCUGGUCUAGUAAGGGAAUAUGGAGUUAUCUCUCUGCCAGGACGCUACAAAUAAUGUCCACGGAUGGAAUGCAUGUUUUACCUUUAGUUAGACAAAGAGACGGUUGUGCUGAACUGACAUGGCAUGAACCAGUAAAUGAAGAUGAUCAAGUAUAUUUUAACUGCUUGGUCGAGAAAAAUGAUGCUGAUUUACGAAUAUUCCUUUUAAAGUCUGGUUUUAAGCUUAUAAGCUCAACAAUAAAGAUAUAUAAUGCAUUCAUUAAUGCAGAAGUUGCUGUCAAACAAGUGAGUCCGGAAGCUGUUAUUGCAUUUAUGUGCCCUGAAAAAUGUCAUAUUGGUAGGCUGCCUUGCAGUAUAUCACAGACAACAUACGGUAAUGUUAAUACCUUCAAGAGUGUAUUAGAGUACAUCUUAAAUGUAAUGGAACAUCCAAACGAUCUCACUGGUUUACCUGUAUUACUUCGUGAAGAUAAUUCAGUUGAUGUGUUUCAUCCAAAUAAACUACAUUUCCUGUCACAUUAUGCUGGUCUGUUGCCUUCUAUAAAGAGCAAAUUUGUCUCAAGAGAUGUACUCAACUUACUGGAAACAUUUCAAAAAAAGAAUGAUGAUGAUUCUACAACAUUAGUUUGGAAGGAUUUUACUCCACAAGAUCUUCAUCGUUAUAUUGGCACUGUGUUUCCAGUUAAAUGGUGUGAUGUUGGCCUACAUUUGAAUUUGGAUGUUAAAUGUAACACCGGAAGUAUACUGGCACGAAUGGUAUUACUCUGGAACUACCUUUGCUCAAGGAAGGAGGAAAAUGUUCUUGAUUCUUUACUACGUUGGCCUAUUAUUCCAACCACAAAUGGAAUGUUUAUAUCCCCAUCCCAAGGGAAGACUGUCCUUAGUUUACUUGAAUAUAAGGACAGUUUUGGUUUGCAAAGAAAAGUAAUUGAUUUUCUGAGGAAAGUUGGUUGCCUAGAGAUUAAAUUUGAUCUAGUGUCAGAAAACAUCACUACACAUAUGAAAACUUUGCUAAAGCCAUAUGUUGCUUCUCCAAGUGAAUGCCAAGACAUUUUGACAUUAUUUGAAUAUAUGAUGAACAUGGACCUAAUUAAAUUUCAUAAUGUAUCCAAAGAGGAUUCUUCUAUAAUGUUGCAAUAUUUUCAAGAAGAUGUACAAAGCUAUGAUCAUAAUUCCCUCACUACAUUGAAGAAGUUGCCUUUUUAUGAGAAGACAGAUGGACAUCUUUCCAGCUUAGAUGCAUAUCAAAAGUAUCACCUUCUGUCAGUUAGAUUUCCAGAAGCAGAGCAAGAUAAAUGGACAUAUCACUGUCGUUGUAUAUUCCUCAAGCCGAGUCAUCAUUUACAGUUACUUCAACAAACUCUUGGAGCAACUGCCAUUACAGCUGUUGAUGUCUACUUAAAAUACAUUAUACCUAACUUCAACCUUCUAACUGUGGAAUGUCGUUUGACACAUAUAACUUACCUACGUAACACAAUUAACUGGGCAUCUACUGAACGAACUAUUAAGCAACUCAUUUCAGCACUUUCCAAGGUAAAGUUCAUCAAAGCUGCAGAUGGUUCCAUGCAGAGUGCAGACUACUUCUUUGAUGGGCUGAAUGAAGUUUUCAAAGUAAUGGUAGAAAAAAGAAGACUUCUGCCUGAUCUGUUCAUUGCAUAUGAAUGGAGAGACUUCCUUGUUAAAUUGGGAUUUAAUGUUACAGUUACGCCUGACCUGUUUUUAGAAUAUGCAAACGAGGUUGCCUCUGAAGCAGUUCGAUUAAGAAGUUGUGACAUGAAAGUGGUACUAGAGAAAUCACAAAUGUUAGCCAAGGAGCUUUCUGUUAAUGAGUCACUUCACUAUCCCACAUUUCUAAAAGAAGUUUCUACAAUUAAAUUUAUUCCAUCUGUUCCAAUACGUGAAGACCUUCUUGAAAUAUAUCCACUACUCUCUGGAAGUUCAACUGACUCUACAAUGUUCAUAUGUCUUAGAGGGAAUGUUUCAUCACUUCAUGUGAAACUUAGUUGGUCCAAUUCAUCGCUUUUACCUGACUGGGCAAUUCCUAAAAAAAGUUCACACAUUCCCAGAAGCAAUGAAGUUAUUAAUCUGCAUGAAUGCCUUGGAAUUCUAGAUAAACCAUCGGUUGAUACAGUCAUAAGCCAUUGUCAGAAUGUAUGUCAUCAUUUGGCUGGAAAAAAUUCGGCCGAAAAACAACAUACCAUUCCCAAGAUUCGUAAAUUGUUGGCUGAGGUAUUGGAAGAUGUGUAUGACUUCCUGAGAGAUUACCAAAAUAAAUCACAUUUGAUGUCCAGACUGCAUAACACUCCACUUGUGCUUGUCGAUCAACAAAAAGUACUGGUGUGUGCUAACCAACUUGCAUAUAAGUUUGAUCAUUUAAAAGAAGAUGACCUACAUCCUUACAUGUAUGUACCUCCACGUUCCUUGGGAUCAUAUGAACAUUUCCUGAAGCGUUUAGGAGCAGAAGAAAGUGCAACAUUCAGACAAUAUUCAAAUGUAUUGUCACAGAUUCACAGUGAAUGUGAAAAUGAAAUCAUGGGACCAAAUGAAUUGGGAAAAGCAAAGAAAGCUACCAAAGGAUUAUUUUAUUACUUAGCUGAAGACAAUAAAAGGCAGUGUAAUGUUUAUAACAAGCUUUACCUGCCAAGUAUAACAGAGAAAAUGAAACUGUCAACAGAUCUGUUUUAUGGCAAAGACGACUUACUGAAACGCAUAAACCCUGUGCAGUAUGAAUUUGCACUACAGUUACAUGAAUGUGAUUGCCCUGAAGACAUGGAAUUUGAUCUUUUACCUGAAAAUCUUCGCCCAAAAAACAUCAGUAAUUUUGUUGUGGCCAAAGUAGACCCACAGUGUGAAUGCUGUAUUGCUGGGAAAACGUGUCUAUUAAAAGAGUAUAUAGAAGACAGAAUGAAAAGCCCUGAAUUUGCUCAGUGUAUUAUACGUCUUGUACGCCAUCAACACAAAAAAAUGAUAGAUGAAAAUAUUGAAAGUAAGAUAACAAUGUUGAAGACGAAGAUUAAAGUAUGCUGUGUGACUGAACUGAGAACCAAGUUGUUUAACCAGAAGCAGAAUACUUACAUAGAAAUGAGCGAGCAACAUGUAAAGUUAUUCUUGGAUGAUGAGCAAAUGCUUUAUAUCAGCCAUUCUGAUGAGUUUCCCGCCAAUCCUACACUGUUGUGUCUCUUGGCAGGAACAGUCAACAGAAUAAUAUCAUAUCAAAUUCGAGACACAAGGAUAAUUACAGCGCUUCUAGCAAGCAAGAUUGAAAAUUUUCAUGAUUUGAUAACUAAUUUUGAUAUUCCUGAACUUCAGACGCAGAGGAAAGCAAUCCAAGAGAACAAACAUGCACCAGGUAAAAGUGUACCAUUGGAUAUACACCAUCUUCUUGAUGACGACCCAAUUAACAUUUUCCGCAAGGGAGAAAUUGUGGCAUUAAAGAGACUUAUAGAUGAUGGGGAAGACACAGACAUCUGUGAUUAUAUAUAUGCAGAGAUUAGAGAAGUGAUUAGCAAUGAUGCAGAUAAUGAAUUAGGCCUUGCAACUAAGUAUAACAUUUAUGAUGGUUCUCAAGAAACUGUUGUUAGUGGCAAUGACUUGUACAAAUUUCUACGACCAACUCCACCUACAGGUCAAGCCAGUUUGCCAGAUACUCGUUCUCUUACUGUACAGCUAGAAGAAGCAAAAAAUAUCAUUGAAAAGACGUUAUAUGAAGCUUCCAAAAUGCCAAAAGAAGAAUGUAACAAGAUUGUUAGAAGAUUGUAUAAAAAAUGGCAUCCUGACAAAAACCCAAAUAAUUCUGCUGUAGCUACCGCAGCAUUUCAAUAUCUCCGUCAACAACUAGAUAUAAUGGAAGGUGGUGGCAUAACUGGAGAAAACUAUAGAAGACAGUAUGAUAGAUGGAAUGCAGAGGCACGAAAUCAAAGAUCACAGAGUGAACGAUAUUACAGAGAAUAUGGUCGUCAUUAUCAAUCAGGUCGUUUUUCAAAGUCAAACAUUCCACCAUCAUUCAACAGAAGUACCCCUAUGCCAAGAGAAGCAAGGGUUUGGUUCAAGCAAGCUAAGUGUGAUUUACAGGAUGCUUCUGCUCGUCUGGAAUCUAUAAAUCCAUCUGCUGAGUGGGUUUGUUUUCAAGUACACCAAGCUGCAGAGAAAGCUUUAAAAGCUGCCAAAUUUGCUACAGAUGGUGACCCAAUGCUUAACUGCACAAAUCUUAGAAGUCUAAUGCAUGCAGUACAGUUUCACCCUGACUGUCCUCCAGGUGUAGAAGAAGAUGUUGCAGAGCUAGUUCGAAACCACUGUGACUUUAAUGACACUCGAUAUCCACAAAGACUUGAGACACCAAAUGAGCGAUACAAAAUAAGAGAAGCUAAGGAUGCAGUGAAAUGUGCACAGAGAUUAUUGGACAAAUUGAAGCAGUUUAUUGGAAUACAACGCUUCUAA